AUGGCAACGCCAUCGUAUUCGAUAGACUCAUUCCACAUCAACAUCGGCACAGGAGACAGCGCCAUUCACCUCCUAGUCCAGAACCCUGACAAGGACACGCCUAUCUUGGCAGACCCGCCUCCUAGCGACGCUCCCACGAUUCUUCGCGCGACUCUCAUCGACGGCGGCGAGCAGCGAGCCAACCCAACUGCACCAGGUUCGCGCAAGCGGUCCGCCACUGCAAGUGCUGCUCCGUCGGCGAACGCGCCUGAGAACAUCAAAGCAGCCAUCAGAGAAAUCAAGAAGCGCUACGUUAUGGGCGACCGGGGCUCUGACAAGAAGGACGACGAGUACAUGCGCUUUGAUAGUAUCGUCGUCAGCCACUGGGACAGUGACCACUAUGGUGGCAUCGUGUCGCUCAUCCAGCAUGACUUUGAAGACCAACUCGGAAAGAUAACUUCAACUGGGCCAGCUAAGAAGACCGAGUUGGAAAGUAAAUCAUGCCGCUACUUCCUCUACGCGAACCCUGCGGACAAGACCAGGGGUUUGCGAACGACGUUUUAUGCUCCUUACUGGAACAAGAAGUACAAGAAGCCAAUAAAAACGGACAACCCCGAGGAGCUGCAACUGGUCGAUGGCCUGACGCCGACACUGCUGUUUGCGUACAAGGACGACAGCAAGUUCACGGCUCGGAUCGGUAAUCUGUGCGAAAUUCGUUGUACGCCCGAGGACAUCAUUGGCUCCAACAUCUUGGAUAACAGAAAACUCAAGGAUACUGCUCCGUAUACUACAAUAAAGACCCCGGACAUGUUGGUUGAGGAGAUGGAUGGGACGGAACUUGUGCCGAAGACAUUGGGUUAUGCGCCUGUUGGCAUUUACUGCGUUGCUUCCACGUGCUGUGUCAUGGGACUGGAUACGCCUAUUCUGAAAUUAUUUGAGCGAGGUCAAAAAUUCAUUGUAGACGAUGACAAGCUUACCAAGUCCAACAAAGCGUCCAUUGCCAAUCUGGUCAUUUGGAACGAGCCCGCAAUUGAGAUUUCCCACUACUUCGCAGGAGACUCGUGGUACAAGGUGGAAAAUGCAGUGUGUGAGUGGACACAAAGGGGUCCAGGUGGGACAACAGUGGAGAGGAAGGUGAGGAAUAUGAAGCUGAGUCAUCAUGGAGGACAGGGCUCGACUCCAACCAAACUGAUUGACGUUUUUGAUCCUUAUAACAUCAUCAUCAGCGCGGGAACCGAUCAUAACCACCCGUCGUGGUUGACAUUGUUCUAUAUCAACGCUUGGAUGAUUACAAAAGAGAAACGGCCGGGCACUGUCUAUGCCACUAGGUAUCCAUACUAUGGUAAUAAGGUGCUGGAGCCGUCGGAUGCAACACUUGAAAAAAGAGCCGCAACAGGCAAAUCACCCAAAAAACCACUUCAGAUGUUUUCCCACUGGGAUUAUGCCCAAGGCCACACACCCUCCGAGAAUAAUUUGAAGGAUGGGUGGGAUGCACUGAAGAAGUUGUACGAUUCCCUUGCCGUACCGCUAGACCUCGCACCUUGGAUCAGACCUCAGGAGCAGGCCAACGAAUGGUAUAACCGGAUCGAAAGUGCAGCAUUGCAGACGUCCGAGGAAACGGUGCGCUGGUUCGUGGAUCAGGUGUGGAAAGCCUGGCGUGAUAACCUGAGCUUGCUGGAUGCGCCCCCAGAACCAACCCCGUCUGCAACCCCGUCUGCGGAUUGGGAUUCCCACCUGAACGAGAAGCAGGUAGCUGCGGGCCGGGAUAUCUGCUAUGUCUGGGUGCAGUCGUCACAAAAGGUCAGCACGGCCCCCCCUUUUCUUUCAGUGGAGCAUUCUAUUGGUGUGCUGUACCGUACAGACGCGACGGGGUCGAAGGCAACAGUGUUGGAGUGCAGGAGCAGGCCUGCUACGAGCACGCUGGCGGCACACUCUGCUGUUUCGACAGUGAAACCUAAGUCGGGAAUCCCUUCGCGUCAGCUGUACCCGGAUGUGACUUGGACACAAUGCAAGCCUUGGCCAGAAGGUUUUCGGAGACCCGGGCCUGUGGCUGCGGCCGUAGUGGAUGGAAUGGUCGCCUCACCGCCAGUUGUCGAGGAGAUUCUCGACGUUCCUAUUUCCUUGCCUCUGAGGCCAAAGGAACAACCAGAGACGGAACAGAUCAAGUCAAAAGAAGUGUCGGCCCGGCUUAUAGUGGGGGAAGAAUCUGUUAAAACACCCGUCGCCGUGCCUCUCGUGCCCGUAGAGGAACAGGAACGAGGAAGGGAAGAGGACACGCUGGCUGCUGAUGGCAUUCGAAAGUUGACCGGUGAUGCUCAAGCUUCUGAUGGACAUGACGACACGCUUCGAAGCGAGGCCAUAGAAGAAGUCGAUACGACUGGCAUUGGCGGCUCUGGUCAUCAAAAUGGCAGUGUCAAUCCAAACCCAUCCACUGACGCUGACAUCUCUGAUCGUCAGGAUACCCAUCAGCCCGAGUCGACAAACACAGACGCUGACAAUCAAACCUCAACAAGCAACACCCAAGCCAACACUCACGACGAAAGCUACAACAACGACAAUAGCAUUGCAAAGAUGCCCGGCAACCGCACAAACACCGGAGAAGGCAUUCCCCUCCUCCCCAUCCCCAUUAUGCCCGAGGAUCCCCUCCACCCAGCGCCCCCAGCACCCCCGGACGCAGAUCAAGUCUUCUGGAUCGGCACCAAAGCGGAUAGCGACACAGAGGUUCCCACAGACCCAACCAUCAAGCUCUUCCUGGCCCAGCUUCACCUACGGGCCUUUGGACUCCAAGCUAAGCCCAAGAGCAAGGAGAAAACCGCCUUUAUCGCUGAAGAAGAGUGGAACUCUUGGUUCGCCGAUGUGCUGGAGACGUUUGCGCCUAUUGAGAUGAUGACUGAUGAUCAACUGCAGCCGUCGUCGUUCAAUUUUGCGAUGAAGUUGAUGCAGAAAGACACACUCAAAUUUGAUACCAUGUCUGUAUACAAGGCGUUUAAGAUGGAGCAGGCGAAGCAGCCCAAGUUAGGAUUGCCUGACGGGACGUUCAUCAUGUUCGGCUUGAACACAGACAAACCGCCUGGGGUGACGGCUUCACUGACGGACCUGCUCAAGUUCAGUCAUCAGGAUGGUCUCGCCGAUAAUCCACUGAUCGCAACACUCGGCUCUACCAUAACUCUCGAUCUAGCCACCCAAGAUGGGUCCCGUAAUGCGAUCUGGUUCGAGCCGGGUAAUGCCUACCGUGUCACUCAGCGUCUCCAAUGGGACGUGCCUACCGACGCCAUCAACAAAUUCUUCACCGAUUGCGGCGUCAAAAUUGAGCUCAAAGACACGGCCAUCGUUACUCGACGAACAACUUCCUGGCGUCCCGGCCCGAAGAUGAUCUCGACAGGUUCCAUCGCUUUCCAAUCUACUGUCAACAUUGGCAGUUCCCCUAAUCUGGACCUCACAUCGACCAUUACUCUUGGCGAGAACAGUCUCAGCAUUUCCAUUAUCGCUACCAAGUCGGCAUGGCAGGAAUUUGUCACAUGGAUCACCAGUGUUCUUGCCAAGGCUGCUGGCGACAUGACUCUCAUCUCAGAUACCCUAAAUGAGUUGGGCGCUUUCAUUGGCAAAUUCAUUGCUCCUCGAAGCGUGUCCCUUUCCUUUCACCGGACGGGCGCGAAGACGACGCUUCGAAGUUGGUCCAUUGCUGUCGAGCUCUCUGUCAAGUCUGUGCCCAUUUUGGUGUCGUACGAUAGCUCGUCUAAGAUGCUUCGUGGCAAGCUCUGGCUCGUGUCCGCGACUGAGUCAACGCUUCUUCUGCCUUAUUACGAAAGUGGUCUUGACUUGAAGCCCUUGACUGCGAAUUACAAGGCCCCUAUGCUGCUGACGGAUCUUUCCGACUCCAUCACUGAGGCUGACCUUCCCCGUGGUAUUCCCAACGCCAUCGGACACGCAGAAAUUAUUGUCGACUCGGCAAAUAAGGCUAUCAGCUUUUCCGCCAGCCUCGACACUGUGCCUUCAAAAAGUGAUACAGGAAGCGUCCCUCCCAUCUACCUUGACAGCUUUGAUUUGUAUGUGUCCUACAGCAAGGCAGAUGGUCUUGACAUCCUGCUACAAUUUGAAGUCGUCAUCGGUGGCCAACCUCAACCUAGUGGCGGUGAUGCUGUCGUGGAGCUUGAUGAGGAAGAUUCAGACGAUGACAAUGGCGCUACAAUAACUGGUGGGAUUUCCUUCACUUCAAAGGAUACUUCGUGGCUUCUCUAUGGUUCUAUUGAAGCACUCAGUUUUGACAUGAUGUACGAUCUUCUUGACCCUGAUGCCUCGGAUGAUGUUUCUGCCAUGCUCAGCCACUUUGUCAUUACUGAUCUGGAGAUUGAGUAUCAAUACGGCGAUGGCGGAAAGGGUUCCUCUUUUGACAUUGCAGGCAAGCUUCUGCUUGGACCUCUAGCCCUCGAAAUGAGUUAUCACUACGAUAAGGAUGGCUGGCUCGUCAAGGCAGAUCUUGCAACCGUCGAUGACAAGAAGAUCACUCUGGGUGACAUUAUUGACGAUCUCACAGGCAAUCACGGCGAUGAUGGAGACAUUCUACCCGAAUUCAUUCUCGGCAUCCCCCUCACCACCGGUAGCAAGGACAAGAUCAUCACUGUGCGUUGCGCCAAACACGCCAAGGGUAAUGGCAAGCCAACAACUCCUGAUACACCCCGUGACCAAAGCUACCUCCUCUUCCAGGCUGAAGUCCACAUUGGCAUCUUCACCAUUGGCUUUACCCACUACCGUGAUCUAAGUGUCACCUCCUCCAAGCCGACCCCGCCAAAGAGAGUCUUCAAGCUGUACAUGAAUGGUAUUCCUGCCGUGACAGUUCCUACUUUGGGGCAACUUCCUCAACCAUUCGAUGAGAUUGCAUUUGUUUACAUUCAGGACCAGGCCACUGAUGUGACCAAAUCGCUUGUCCCCGGAUUGACAGCAGAUGAUGUCAAGAUCAUCAACGACGGGAUGAGAGACGCCAAGAGCGGCCAAGGCGGUGACUGGCUCAUGUUUAGAGAUACGAGGAAACCCGGUGCAGGCUCUUCAGACACUGUCAUGCCAGCUGGAGCUCAUUUCAUCAUCAUCAUGAAGUCCGGCAACGAGAGAAAGGCCAUACUUGACUACACUCUCGGCAGAAAUAAGAAAAACAAGUCUCAAAACAACGCUGAGAGGGCCCUGGACAUCGCAGCAGGUGGUAGUGGCGGCCAGAAUGGCAAGUCUUCCAUGGCAGCCAUGAAGAAGACGGUCGGGCCCAUCAACCUUGCGAAUAUUGGCCUCAAGUACGAGAAGAAGAAACUUUCCGUCCUACUCGACGCCUCUUUCCUACUUGGUCCCGUCGGCUUCACUUUCAUCGAGGCCCGUAUCAGCAUCGACCUCGGCAAGAACAUUCUCAAGGACUUUACUCUCACGGAUGUGUCCUUCGGUCUUUCGGGUCUUGCUGUGGCCUUUGACCAGCCGCCUGUCCGUCUGGGUGGUAUCUUUGUCUAUAAAGACACGGACGACAUCAAAUAUUUUGCUGGUGGCAUCGUCGUCGGCAUCGAUCCUUAUCAAUUUAUUGCGGCUGGCAUGUACGGUCACGUCAAGAAACCCACCGAGUAUGACACAGCCUUCGUCUUUGCCAAGCUUGAGGGUCCACUCGUCACACUUGAGUUUGCCGAGAUAUCGGGCAUCACUGGCGGUUUCGGAUACAACAACGAUGUUAAGCUUCCCACCAUUGAGACAGUCCGUCAAUUUCCCUUCCUCAGCGGUGCCAUCGAUGCCAGUGGCAGUCUGCUAGACUUCCUCGGUAAUCUCGUCAGGAUCGACGGUCAAGGUUCCUUCAGCCCGAAACAGGACGCCAUGUGGCUUGCUGCUGGGUUGAAGGUUAGCGCCUUGGAGAUGAUCGACAUCGAUGCCGUUUUUGUCGUUAGCUGGAACCCUGCCGUUUCGAUUGGCAUCUUUGGUGUUGGUACGGCCAAUAUUCCCAAGACCAAGAAGGGAGGAAGAACAUUUGCUCAUGUUGAGCUUGGAAUCCUAGCCGUUAUUGACUUUGGCGCUGGUGUUUUCAAGGUUGAGAUGCAGCUCGCUCCUAGUUCAUACGUCUUUGACCCGAGUUGCCGUCUCACUGGUGGCUUUGCCCUUUACUACUGGUUCAAUGAUAAGGUGCCUGAUCGUAAGGGCGAAUGGGUAUUUACCAUUGGUGGUUUCCAUCGUUCCUUCAAGCGGCCAGACUACUAUCCAAAUCCACCUCGUCUAGGUAUUCACUGGCAGGUCUCUAAUGCUAUUAGCAUUGUUGGCGAGGCCUACUUUGCCGUCACUCCCAAAUCCUGCAUGGGCGGCGGUCGUCUUCAAGCAACUUUGACAGCCGGUCCCCUUCGAGCAUGGUUCUCCGCUUGGGCUGAUUUCCUCAUCAAUUACAUGCCGUUUGACUUUACUGGCCAGGUUGGCGUGUCAGUCGGUAUCAGCUGCAAGGUCGAUCUCCUCAUUACCAGUUUCACUGUUAAAACCUCCAUCGGGGCUCAACUUGACCUUCUCGGACCGCCACUACGUGGAAGAGUCAAGGUCGACUUCUGGGUCAUGUCGUUCCACGUCAACUUCGGCCCCGAUGCCUCCAAGGGUUCUCUCCCCGACCUCGACGGCUUUUACAAUAUGGUUCUCCAAGCAGGCUCGCCAGAGUCCAUGGCAUCAUCAUUUCUCACCGCUGCAGCACCAGCACGCCAAUCUAUACUGGCGUCCGACGAAAAGAAACCACACGUCUUCACCUGUCGAGGCGGUAUGCUCGAGAAUGCCAAGAAGCUAGACAACGUCGAGACCAAAGAAUCAGAGGUGUGGCGUGUCAAGGCCAACGAAUUCGCCUUUGCCAUAGAUUGUCGGUUUGUAUUGACGUAUGCUACCAUCUCACUCCCGAACGAGUAUGGCACGCCUAAGGAGUUGAAGCCGUGGGAGUCGUCGCCCCAGGAUAGGCUUUACGCGAAGCCGAUGCAGUCGAAGGACGAGGUCACUUCGAACUUGUCAAUUGAUGUGCAACCUGUGGUUGAACUGACAAUGUUCGUGGAGGAGGAGGACAGGCAGGCGGAUGAGAAUUGGCGAGUGGCAGAGAUUAUCAAGGAAGCACCUUCUGCUCUUUGGGGUCAAUAUGACCGUUCCCAAAACCCUCGCGAGACAGGAAAUAACAAUAUCGGCGGUCUUCUCAACGGGGACAAGGGCACUCUCCCCAAACUCAUGGGUCUUCAUAUCCUCCCUCCAAAACCAUAUCUCGCAAACGACAAAAUCGGUGUCUUUGAUGCCAUCGAGGCCAUGAAACAAUCCGUCUUUGAGAGGAAGGAUUGUCCAAAGUUUAUUGGGUAUGAGAAUGGGGAUACAAAUCUCUAUCCCGCUGGACGAGACAAGAACACGUAUGAGGAUAUCAGAACGUUGUGGGCGGCUGAUUAUGGAACUAAGAGAGAGGAUAUAUUGGAUGCGCUUUGGGACGGACUCGGAUGGGACGAUACGAAGGGGAAGACGAAGCCGAAGGAGGAGGAAAAGUCGCCGCAGAGGUUGUCCGCUGCUACGCCUGAGCGACUUGUUGAUGCGCUGGGAAAUUUGUAUAUGGCCGCUCCGCAGGUUACCGUAGGUUAG